AUGGCAUCGCGCAGUAGGGCUUCAUCUAGAAGGCCUCUCUGGAUCGUCGUCUUGGUUGCUUUUGUCUGUCUAGUAGCCCUUGGAGCCUAUCUUUAUACUCCACGGCAUUACACAGCCUGUUAUCUGGUACCAUCAGAAGCCUGCAAUUCUCGGCCUCCUCCAGAACCUGCUAGGGUAUACACUGAUGAUGAGAUUGCUGCUCGUGCUAUCAUGAGAGACAUCAUUCGGGCACGGCCAGUGCAGUCAAAGAAUCCAAAAAUUGCUUUCAUGUUCUUGACGCCCAGUUUGUUGCCAUUUGAGAAGCUAUGGGAAAAAUUCUUCAUGGGUCAUGAAGACAGAUACACCAUAUACGUGCAUGCAUCAAGAGAUAGACCGGUUCAUUCAAGUCCAAUAUUCGCUGGCAGGGAUAUUCGAAGUGAAAAGGUGAUCUGGGGCACGAUUUCUAUGGUUGAUGCUGAAAAGAGGCUCUUGGCUCAUGCCCUACAAGAUCCUGAAAACCAGCAUUUUGUCUUGCUUUCUGAGAGCUGCGUGCCACUUCAUAACUUCGAUUAUAUAUAUAGUUAUCUCAUGGAGACAAACGUCAGUUUUGUUGACUGUUUUGAUGAUCCUGGUCCACAUGGAGCAGGUAGAUAUUCUGACCAUAUGCUACCUGAAAUUGUGAAGAAAGAUUGGAGAAAGGGUGCACAGUGGUUUACAGUAAAACGGCAGCAUGCAGUUCUUAUUCUCGCUGACACCCUUUACUAUGGGAAGUUCAAGCGUUACUGUAAGCCAGGGAAUGAAUGGCAUAACUGCUAUUCAGACGAGCACUACUUGCCAACUCUCUUUAAUAUGGUUGAUCCGACUGGAAUUGCAAAUUGGUCAGUGACGCAUGUAGAUUGGUCUGAAGGGAAAUGGCAUCCUAAAGUCUAUAGGGCUGUGGAUACAAGCUUCGAGUUGCUCAAGAACAUCUCGUCCAUUGAUGAGAGCGUCCACGUUAGCAGCAAUGCAAGGCAUGUAGCGCAGAGGAGGCCGUGCAUGUGGAAUGGCAUGAAGCGGCCCUGCUACCUGUUCGCGCGAAAGUUCUACCCUGAGGCGCUUGACAACCUGAUGAACAUAUUCUCGAACUUCACCAUCAUCUGA